CUUUCUCUCACAAUAGUAGCCGCAAAUUCUCUACCUAAUUUCUCCACCAAGAAAAAUUCGUCCUCCCAGCAUCACCAACGUCCUCCGCCGGAAAAAAUGGACGCUUCUAUCGGAGUUUUAAUGGCAUGCCCAAUGUCCCUUUACUUAGAACAAGAGCUAGACAAGCGGUUUAAGCUCUACAGAUUCUGGGCCCAGCCAUCCAGACAAGAAUUCUUGAAAAUCCACGCCGAGUCAAUCCGAGCAGUGGUGGGGAAUGCGACGGCCGGUGCCGACGCUGAGUUGAUCGAUGCCUUGCCCAAACUAGAAAUUGUGUCGAGUUUUAGCGUGGGCCUUGAUAAGAUUGAUCUUAACAAAUGUAAGGAAAAGGGUAUUAGAGUUACUAACACUCCCGAUGUACUGACUGAGGAUGUGGCCGAUUUGGCAAUCGGUUUGAUGCUGGCGGUUCUGAGAAGGAUUUGCGAGUGUGAUAAAUAUGUGAGGAAAGGGUUGUGGAAAAUGGGCGACUUCAAAUUGACUACUAAGUUUAGUGGCAAAAGAGUUGGUAUCAUAGGAUUGGGCAGGAUUGGAUUGGCAGUUGCAAAAAGAGCAGAGGCGUUCGACUGCCCUAUCAGUUACUACUCAAGAUCUGAGAAACCAAAUACCAAUUACAAAUACCAUUCAAGUGUUAUCGACUUGGCAUCUAACUGUGACAUCCUUGUGGUUGCAUGUGCAUUGACUCCUGAAACACGUCAUAUUGUCAACCGCGAAGUAAUUAAUGCAUUGGGUCCAAAGGGAGUUCUCAUCAACAUUGGAAGAGGCCCUCAUGUGGACGAACCCGAACUGGUUUCUGCUCUGGUGGAGGGUCGAUUGGGUGGUGCUGGACUUGAUGUGUUUGAAAAGGAACCUGAAGUACCCGAGCAGCUGUUUAGUCUUGACAAUGUCGUGCUGUUGCCUCAUGUGGGAAGCGGCACUCUAGAAACCCGCAAUGCCAUGGCUGACCUUGUUAUCGGGAACUUGGAAGCUCACUUUCUGAACAAACCACUAUUAACCCCAGUUGUUUGAUUCUGUCAUGAAAGCACUGAUUUUAUGAUUGUUUGGUUGAUAAACAUUGACUCUUUUUUUUUCAGUUCUCAUCAUAAUAAGGCCAAUUUCGUUGCUCCUUGAACUCGUGGAAUUAGUGCAUCAAGGAAAUAUUUAAUGAUCAUCGAUGGUAAUUUAUGUUGUAAAUUGUUAAAGA